GUCGACAAGCGGCAACAAGCGGCGCGGCGGCGUAUGCGGCGGCGUGUGCGCCCGUUGGUGGAGUAUGGGACAAGAGAAAUGAAAUAAGCCAAUAUUUGGUGAAUACUGGCUAUUAAGAUGUGGUCUGGUCCUGAUGGUGGCAGUCAAAGCUGGAAUGCCAACUGGGCAUUUCAGCAAUCCACCUAUCAGAAUUACAACACAGAUGAGGUGGACUGGGCCCAGCUAGCGCAGCAAUGGAUCCAGAUGAAGGACCAGCCGGCGGCGGCGCCCGACGGUGGCGUUGGGCCGCCGUCAGUCCCCUCGGACGCCGGCGGCGGUGGUGGCGAGGCGGACAUGGAGCUGGAUGACGGCGGCAAGGAGGAGACAGUCACACUGCCAGGGGCGGUGGACGGAGACCCGACAGCGCUGCAGCGUCAGCCGGCGGCCGCCGGUGCCGCGGCGGCGCUGCAGCAUCUCGCCAUGGGAGCCGAGUUUCCGGCGGACGCUACCACUACCGGCUGGGGCUGGGACUGGUCGCAGUCCACCGCCGGCUGGAACUGGCAGCAGCAGCAGCAGCAGGGGCAGCAGCAGCCGGUGGCGGCCGCCGGCGGCGACGACCAGGCGGCCGUCGAGUACAACCACGGCGCCCAGCAGCGACGACCGUACCAAGGCUACUGGACCGACUCCGAGAGACCGCCGCCCUUCCUAAAGGCCCAGCAGGGGGUUGGCCCGGAGCAGAGCAACGGCGGCGACGUCGUCCACCCAGUCAGUCUUGAUGCGGCCAAGCGGCGCACGCUGCCGCUGUGGAUUCGACAGGGUCUUGAGAAGAUGGAGGAGGACAAGCGGAAGGCCACGGAGCGCGAGACGGCGCGCCAGGCGCGGGACCAGCUGCUCAGGAGUCGACGCGAGCAGGAGGCACUGGCGCCCGCUGACCCACUGCGACCCGACAAGAGCAAAUUUGACUCGAGCAGCGAGGACUCUGCCUCGGACGGCGAGCGGGACGCUGAGGAGGACGGUGACCAGCGGGAGCCGAGUCCGCCCGCGCCCGAGCCGCCGCCGGAUGCGAGCGGCGCCGGCCGCCGCGCCAGGCCGGAACCGGAGCCCGAGUCGCCGGCGGCCACCCUGCUGCUCAUGACGCCCGAGGAGCGGCAGCAGGUCACGGUGGCGCUGGUGCGCCGGUUCCUGACGGAGCUCCUGCUCGACGUCACCGGAUCAGAGAUGAGAGAUCUGGCCGAGGAGGUAUUACAGCGACAGCGCGACAAAGCGCCGCAGAAGCGAGUCCAAGCUGUGCCCACUGUAAGCCGACCGCUUGGACUCGGCCUGGCAAUGUACGGCAGCGGCUCGUCCGACUCCGAGUCCGACUCCGACUCCGGGGACAACUCUAAGCAGCCGCGGCGCGCCGACGGCAGCGGGGACGACUCGGACAGCGACGCCGAGCUGGAGGCGGCCAUCCGCCGGCGGCGCCAGGAGUUCGCCGUCCGCGAGCGGGAGAUCAUGGCUCGCCUGCAGACGGAGCAGCAGGACGAGGAGCAGGAGCAGGGCAGGGGCGGGGAGCGCAGCGCAGUGCACGAGGAGCCGCAGAGGCCGAAGCACCCGCCACCGCCACCGCCUCCGCCGCCGGCGCGGCCGGCCAGCCCGCCGGCCACCACCGCAGCCGGCGGCGGCGAGACCCGUCAUCCGGCGCCGGCUGCCCGGGCCAGUCCGGCCUCCCGCCGCAGUCCCUCGGACAGUGUCGGGUCCGCCAGCUCCGCGGCUCGCAGCCGCACCUCCGGCAAAAAGAAGAAAAAGAAGAAGGAGCGAGAGCGGGAGCGGCGCUCGCGGCGCUCGGAGUCGUCCGAGCGCCGGUCGCACCGCUCGUCGCCGGCGCGCAGCAAAAAACGCUCGCGCCGCUCAUCGUCUCGCUCGCGGAAAGAAGGCGGUCGCUCCCGGUCGGGGUCACCCCCGCGGCGGCGCUCGCACCAUUCGAGGUCGCGGUCGCGGUCCCGCUCGGACUCUGGGACAGUCAGUAAGUCGCGGCACCCGCGGCGCAAAAAGGACCGACGCGCGUCGUCCCGAGCAAGAUCCGAUUCGCGCUCGGGGUCAGAGUCAGUGAGAAAGAAGGCGCGUAAGAGGUCGCGCCGGUCGCGCUCGAGGUCGCGGGAACGCCGCUCAAGGUCACGGGACCGUCGCUCCAGGUCGCGGGAACGUCGAUCCCGCUCACGGGAUCGUCGCUCUAGAUCUCGAGGGCGUCGAUCCGCGUCUCGAGGACGGCGAUCCACGUCUCGAGGACGGCGACCCUCGGAUUCUCAGGCCAAGAAGCGGUCGCGCCGCUCUCGGUCUGGGUCGCGGAAACGGUCGCGCCGCCACCGCUCCAGCUCCUAACACAGGGACUCGCGCUCGGAGCUGGGGCGGCUGCGCAGCCGGGUCAGCCAGCUGCAGUGUUCUAGUCACUGCGGCGAACCACCGUACCCAGCCCAGACCGCCAGUCCAGGGCGCUUCGCCAGUUCAAAGGCUCUAGACUGACAAAUGGUGAUCGUUUUCGCGUUUACGUUACUUGCCGUAAAUUCUGGGGGUAUUACUUUCACUUUUCUGAAAAAAAUCGACCGCUUUAAUACUGGUCGUUUCAUUUUAAGCUUAAUCUGCAGGAAAGAUUGCCAUUUAAAGCUUACCGGAGUGCGCCAGCAUUCAAACAUUACAUAUACAUACAAACACACAGCACACAAUAUUCAGUCCUUGCUCACGGGAACGAAAACAUGAUCACGUUUGGACUGUUCACUCACGCACGUACGCUUAUGUACACACAUACACACGUUAGCACAGCAUUUGUAUGCACACACUCUGACGCACACAAUUAUACCCGCACAUGGCGUACACAACCACACCCACGCACAUAAAUUAUACGUUCGGAUGGCUUUUAAAUGGCAUAUCAUUUUUGCAGUUUCUUUUAGCUCAAAUAGUUUUCGGUGUAAUUUCGAAUGAUACCAUAAUGAUCAUAGGAUAUUUGGACGGAUUCGAGCAUAGCAUUCAGCGUUCCCUUGUACCCUUUAUCGGUUUUCGGUGUUCAAGAACAUCGAACACGGUCUUGAAGCGGUGAAUCUGCUGGGGCUUAGAAGGAACCGUGACUUUACCAACCUGUUGGCAAUAAUGCUGCAAGUGACUAGAACGUAACUCAUGCAACAGCGCAGUAUAUCAGCGUUAUCGAGAAGAAAUGUACCUUGUAAAAGCCGGUCAGUUUGUAUAAUUGUCCAUACUGUUGCAUGAUUUGUGCAUGGCUGGCCGGGCGUGCGCGACCGAGAUAAACUUUGAUUGGUCACGACUCUGACUCUCGGAGGCUCGAUGGCCGCUAUGUGCUGUACGUUUUUAGGCUGAAUAAAUGGCCGCUGUUUGUGUCAUCGGCCUACUGCC